AGUUCAUUGAUCCCAUAGGCAGUACACACGCUACAAGCAGGCACCAGCUCUCAGGACCAGAAAGGCACUGGUGGCCCCGUUAAACCUUCAGGUACCUGGAGAGGAGAUCUAACCUUCACCAUGAAACUGUGGCUUUUUGCCUGCCUGGUUGCCUAUUUUGUUGGGGCCUGGAUGCCGGUUGUCCAUGCCCAAGGUGCCUUUGAAGACUGCUGCCUGGGUUACCACCCCAGGAUCAAAUGGAGUAUUCUCAGGCAUGCUAGGAGUUACCACAAGCAGGAAGUGAGUGGAAGCUGCAACCUACGUGCAGUGAGAUUCUAUUUCCGCCACAAAGUAGUAUGUGGGAAUCCAGAGGACAUGGAUGUGAAGAGGGCAAUAAGGAUGUUGACAACUGGGAAAAGGCCAGUCCACAAUCCCCGGAAGAACAUCUCAGACUCUCAGACCGAAAGGAAGAAGUCAAACCAUAUGAAGUCCAAGGUGGAGAACCCCAGCAGCACAAGCAUGAGGAAUGCUACCCUAGGUCAUUCCAGGAUGGCGAUGUCCAGAAAAACCAACAAUUAAGUUAAUUACUCAGAGUAAGCACCAGCUGGAGGAUGGGAGGAGGCUGCUGAGGUGCUGUCUUCUAAGCACGACAGUGUCAAUGAACUCAUUGAAAUUCCAGUUUCCUGUACAAGACCGGACCCACCAGCGUCUCAGCAUGUAUGAGGAAGGACCUACUACGCUCUAAAGGCCCUACCAUUUGCCAAGGAGCUGUUGGCUAUUGAUGAUUGCUUGGGAAAGGGAGUUUUUUUUUUCUUUUUCUGAAGGAUGGCUUGAGUAAAUUGUCUAUAGUCUAGUAUAUAAUCCCCCACCUGUGCUCAGGAAGCAACCCUAAUGAAAUGCAAUGGCCAUGUACAAAAGAACAAAGGUAUGAAUAAUAUGGUAGGAAGGGGUUGUUAGGAAGAAGGAAUUUACAGGAGAGAGGAACGGGAGGAUAGUGAAUGUGUGAAAAUGCUCAAAAUGCAUACAUAUGUGAAAUGGUCAAAGAAUUAAAAAAUAAAUAUUUAAAAAGCUAUUAAAAAGUAAUUACUGACA